UGAAUCGUCAUGGUCGUCUCUCCCGACCAGGACCCUGCGGUGCACGUGACCUUGUAUUUACACAGCAACUCGCACCCAGAGCCGCAAAGGCUCUCUUGUCUCUCCACGGAAACCAAUACACCCAUAGCUAAAGACUCUCGGUGACAGAGGGACCGAACCGCGACAAUGUCAACAACCAGCUCAGCAUCCUCCCUCUCCGCCUCCGUCCAAUCCCUCAAAUCCUCCCUCCAACUCCUCGAUUCGUCAAUCUCAAUCCUCGACCAGGGGAUUAGCGAUUUCCCGCGCCUAUCGACUGUGCUGGGCUCUACUCGUCACUUCGAACUCACCCCCUCCCCCUCCCUAGCACUCGCCCAACACAGCCUAGCCACCGAGCUCGCCCCCGCCAUAACAACGCUCCUCACACGCGCAGAAUCGCAUCUCGACCGUCUCGAGCGCCGCGAACAGGCCCUACGCGCAAAAGCGGAACUACAAGCAGGGCGGCUAGGUCUGCGUGGGGCCGCGAGCGGUGCUGGUGCUGGUGCUGCGAAUGGUAGGACGACGCCGGGGGUGGGGGCGGGAGGGGAGGGGGGGGGGAGGCGAAAUUACGGAUGUUGA